AAGCAACUAUCUACCAAAGGUCUGCCCCAGUUGUUUCCUUCAUGUGAAGUACUCUCUGCUCGCUGGGAAUGUUAAAGUGGUGCAAUUGGUGGACCAUCCUGGUGGGAUGUGCACUGGCAGAAUGUUGGCAGAUAACCCCUGUUUACUCAGAGCACCAUGCAGCGGGGAGUCAUCUUCCCCUUCAUCACCGCGUCAAACGGAAGUGGGUGUGGAACCAGUUCUUUGUCUUAGAAGAGCACAUCUCAGCAGAUCCACUCUACAUUGGGAAGCUACACUCUGACUCAGACAAUGGCAAUGGUACCCUGAGAUAUACCCUGAGUGGCGAAGGAGCUGGCACCAUAUUCUUCAUCAAUGAAGAUGAAGGAGACAUCUAUCUUUUGAAGAAGCUGGACCGAGAAGAAAAGCCCUUCUACACACUGCGGGCACAAGUGAUGAACAAAGCAACCAAGCAGCUUGUUGAACCAGAGUCCGAAUUCAACAUCAAAGUGCAGGACAUCAACGACAAUGAACCCAGGUUUCUGGAUGGCCCUUAUGUUGCCACUGUCCCCGAAAUGUCACCUGAUGGAACCUCAGUUACCCAAGUAACAGCUACAGAUGCUGAUGACCCCUCAUAUGGGAGCCAUGCCAGGAUUGUGUACCGUAUACUUCAAGGACAACCAUACUUCCUGAUAGAGCCAACAACAGGAAUUAUUCGGGUAGCUUUACCGAAUAUGGACAGGGAGGUCAAAGAACAUUACCUGGUUAUUGUUGAGGCGAAGGAUAUGGCUGGACUGAAAGGAGGUCUCUCGGGGACAACAACCGUGACCAUCACCUUGUCUGAUGUUAAUGACAAUGGACCAAAAUUCCAACACAAGUUGUACCACCUUACGGUGCCGGAAUCGGCCGAUAUCAACACCACCGUCGGGAAAGUGAUGGCUACUGAUGCCGACACUGGACGAAAUGCAGAAAUGGUCUUCACUGUAAAAGGCAGUGACGGUUCAGAUUCAUUUGGCAUAUUUACAGAUGGAGAGACCCAGGAAGGUGUCAUCAUUCUGAAGAAGGCUCUGGACUACGAGAGCAAAAGGUGGUUUAGCCUCAGGGUAGAGGCAAUCAACAAGUACGCUGACCCUCAGCUGGGACUGUUUAAAGACGUGACCAACGUGAAGGUCAAUGUGCUCGAUGUCAAUGAGGCACCGCUCUUUCUCUCUCCCACCUACACUUUCAGGGUUCAAGAGAACCGGGAGCCUGGAGCCUUUGUAGGAGAGGUGACCGCCAGGGACCCCGACGCUGCAAACAAUUCAAUCAGGUAUUCCAUCGAUCGACAGUCCAAUAUGGGUGGCGCCUUCAUCAUUGACGAAAACAGCGGGGCCAUAACAACUUCUCAAUCCCUUGACCGAGAGGACAUCCCUUGGUACAAUUUAUCAGUCUUGGCUUCGGAAGCAAGUGAUUCGGAGAAGGUUACCUCCAUCUUGGUACACAUUGGAGUCCUGGAUAAGAAUGACCACCCUCCGAUGUUUCCAAUUCCCUAUGAGACGUUUGUGUGUGAAAAUGCAAAGCAUGGGCAGCUCAUUCAGACCAUCAGUGCGGUGGACAAGGACGAUCCAUUGGACGGGCAGCAUUUCCGCUUCACUCUGGCUACAGAUGAUGUCAAUAAUCCCAAUUUCACUGUCAGGGAUAAUCAAGAUAACACUGCUGCCAUUCUGACGCGGACGGCUGGAUUUAAUCGACGAGAACAGGCCGUUUACUUGCUGCCCAUCCUGAUUGAGGAUAACGGGACACCUCCUCUGAGCAGCACAAACACCCUCACUGUCCUCGUUUGUAAAUGCAGUAACAAUGGCGUUGGCCAACUAUGCAACACUGAGGCCUUCCUGCUACCUGCUGGCCUUAGCACCGGAGCCCUCGUCGCUGUGAUAGUCUGCAUUCUGAUGAUAUUAGCAAUUGUUCUCCUCCUUCUAACGCUCAGACAACACAAGAAGGAGCCUCAGUCGGCUGACGAAGGUGACGAUAUCCGCGAGAACAUCAUCAGGUACGACGAUGAAGGAGGUGGCGAGGAGGACACUCAAGCUUUCAACAUGGCCACUCUGAGAGGGUCUCAUGUCAGGCGAGCGGCCAAGCUCCGUGAAGACAUAACACCGGAAGUUCGGUCAGUGUGCAGGCGUUCACUCGGGUUAGGGCCAGACACUGCUGUCUUCCGAGAAUUUAUCAGAGACAGGCUGAAGGAAGCUGACGCAGAUCCCUCUGCUCUCCCGUAUGAUUCCCUGCAGACGUAUGCAUUUGAGGGGACUGGCUCCCUUGCCGGAUCCCUAAGUUCCAUGUCCUCAAUAGCCUCUGGUUCAGACCCACCUUACGAUUACCUCCAAGACUGGGGACCCCGCUUCAGUAAGCUGGCAGAAUUGUACGGGAAUUGUGAGCUAGCUUCAUGA